AUGAAUACGAGUACAAAAUUUAUUUCAGAUUAUUGUAAGACAUGGGAAAAAUCAGGCAAAGAUUUAUUUGUUAAGGUUAUCACACAAUAUAUCAAAGAUGAGGGAAAGAGUCCCUUAUUUACUAAAUCAGGAAAGCUUUCUGGUCUAUCUCAAAGUAUUUAUGAUUUAUUACUUUGUGGGCUAAAAGGACAUCUUAAAAAGGAUGCUGUUGUAUCAGUACUUCGUGAUAUAUCUAUGUUACAUGCAGAUAUACCAUCCAUACUCUUAGAUGUUGUAUGUGUACUAGAUGCUGAAACAUCUUUAGAUACGCAGAGUGAGGAACGAUCAAUUUUUUGUUAUUUUGUCCGUGAGCUAGAACCAUUCCUUUCAGACAAGUUAUUAAAAGAAAGGCUAGAAAUUGAUACCCUCCAGGAUGUUGGGACAUUAAAAAACAAGAACUUUUACACAAAAUUUAUCAAAAUAAAAACCAAAUUAUAUUACAAACAAAGAAAAUUCAACCUUUUUAGGGAAGAAAGCGAAGGUUAUGCUAAACUUAUUGUUGAAUUAAAUCAAGAGAUCUCUGAAAAUACGGAAUGGAAAUCAAUACUAGAAAUUAUUCAGUCACUUAUUGGUUGUUUUAAUUUAGAUCCAAAUAGAGUACUGGACAUUAUAUUGGAAUCAUUUGAAGCACGGCCCCACUUAGAUAAAUUGUUCAUUUCAUUAAUAAAGAACUAUAUGUGUGAUCCUCAAGUAAUAUCAGAAGUAAUUGGAUUCAAACUUAGUAAUAUGGAAGUAUUGGAUAACUACAAAGAACCUCCACAUCUUAUGACUGUAAUAGCUUUACUAUUACAACAUCAAGUUAUUUCUUUAGAUGAUGUUUAUCCAUGGUUACGUCCUGAUGACAUAAUUAUGGCUAAAGAAGCAGAUAAAGAAACAAAAUUGGUGCAAGAUUUUCUCCGGAAGCUCAACAUAGUAUCAACUAAAGGGCCACAAACAAAUGGCCCAGCUGAAGUUAUAGAAGAGAAAGCUGAUCCACAGGAGUAUUGGGCUAAUCAGAAGUUAGUGCUAUGUGAAGCACUACUAAGAGUUUGUGCCUGGCGUGAAUUCUCGGCACUCUUCAGUCGGUUACAUGUUACAUCAAUGCCUGUACGACCAGCAAAGGCCCUUUGCGACAUGUUGCAUGCUGUUAUUGAGCCUUUGUAUAGAAUACAGUGCCGUGUGGCUCCAAAGAUUAUAGGGAAACCAGUAUCACCUUUGAAAUCGAAGCUGGCCCCAAAAUCUUGUAAAUCCUUUGAAGACAUGAAAGAAACAGUAAUUCCUGCUCUAAUUUUACUGGGACCUGCACUUCAUCAUGAUCCUAUAUUAAUGUAUAAAAUAAUACGCAUAUUACGUACGUCUCGCUCAGUUGAUGGUGAUCCCUUAGAGCAUGAGGCACUAACUGUCCUGGAUGCAGCUAUUUUGCCCUCUCUUACUUUAAUGGAAGGGAAUUGCUGUAUGUCUGAAGAGGUUUAUACCCUACUUAAACUAUAUUCUUACCAAUGCAGAUAUUGUUUGUACGCGAGAUGGAAAAAUGAAUCUGGUGAAAAAAUUCCUGCAUUGAUGCGUGUACGCGGCAAUUCACUGCAGCGGAUAAAACAUAUAAUGAAACGGGUUUCCAAGGAGAAUAUAAAACCACAAGGGCGUCUUAUUGGUAAACUUUCCCAUGCUGCACCGGCUUUUCUCUUCGACUAUAUGCUUUUGCAGAUACAAACAUACGACAACCUGAUUGGGCCCGUUGUCGAGUCCCUUAAGUACCUAACGUCGUUGUCGCUGGACGUACUAGGCUAUUGCCUCGUUGAGGCGUUGUGUACGGGUCGGGGUUCGGCUCCUGGCGCUGCUCAUCCACCUUGGCUUCAAGCCCUGGCGGCUUUUGCUGGUGCCGCAUUCAAAAAGCAUAACAUUGAGCUCACUGGAUUAUUGCAAUUUGUCGCUAACAGAUUGAAGGCUCAGCAAAGUCAAGACCUCCUAAUUCUGAAGGAGAUAGUCCAGAAAAUGGCUGGAAUAGAAGCUGCAGAGGAAAUGACACCAGAACAAUUAGAUGCUAUGGCUGGCGGCGAGUUGUUGAAGGGCGAGGCUGGGUACUUUUCACAAGUGCGUAACACAAGGCGUUCAUCUGCUAGGUUAAAAGAAGCAGUCGUGGGGAACAAUUUAGACAUAGCGCUCUGUAUUCUGUCCGCACAACAAAGGCAUUGUUGUGUUUGGAAAGAGGUAACGGACGACGGCGGCAAUGAGACUAGUGGAUCUCAAUUGAAGGUGGUGGGACGUUUGGCUGAUCAAUGUCAAGACGCCCUAGUACAACUUGGAACCUUUCUCGCCUCAUCCCACGCCCCCGAUGAGUAUGCAGCUCGUCUGCCUCCACUGCCGGAAUUGCUCCGCGACUACCAUGUAGAUGCAGACGUAGCGUUUUUUCUGCACCGGCCAGUGUUAGCUCAAAAAAUCGCUGCAAAAGUGGAGUUUCUACGGAAAAGCUCCGAUAGUAAAUCGGAUUCCCAAGAGAAGAGUGUGGUGCGGUACAGUAUAGCAUCAAAAGAAGCCUUGGAACCUAUAGUUACCUCUAUCACACCACUUCUGCCAGCUAAAGUUUGGGAAGAUAUAUCUCCGGAAUUCUAUGUUACAUUUUGGUCACUGUCAAUGUAUGACUUACGUGUGCCUGUAGAAAGCUACGAACGAGAAGUAGAGAGGUUGAAAACUGCAGCAGCAAGUGCGGCUAAGGACACUUCACAGGGCACUAAGGGCAAGAAAGAACAAGAACGGUUUAACACUCUCAUAGACAAAUUGCAGGAUGAACGACGUCGCCAAGAAGAGCACGUGUCCCGCGUACAAGCGCGCCUAUCCCGCGAAUGCGCCGGUUGGUUCCCGGCGCGCGCAGCCAAAUCGGCCAAGAACGAAACAGUGACACGUUUGAUGCAGCUAUGCCUCUUCCCGCGGUGCGUCUUCACAGCUGCCGAUGCGCUGUACUGUGCGCAAUUCGUUCACACCGUCCACGCAUUGAAGACACCCAAUUUCUCCACCCUUCUGUGCUAUGAUAGGUUGUUCUGCGACAUCACGUACUCGGUGAUGUCGUGCACGGAGGGCGAAGCGGCACGCUACGGGCAGUUCCUGUGCCGCGUGCUCGGCACGGCGAUGCGCUGGCACGCGGACCGGGCCGCCUUCCACGCGGAGUGCGCGCACUACCCCGGCUUCGUCACCAAGUACCGCGUGUCCAAUCAGUUCACGGAGGCCAACGACCACGUCGGAUACGAGAAUUACAGGCACGUGUGUCACAAGUGGCACUACAAGAUCACGAAGGCGAUGGUCGUGUGCCUGGAUUCCGGGGACUACGUCCAGAUCCGGAAUGCGCUUAUCGUCCUCAUCAAGAUCUUACCGCAUUUCCCCGUACUGGCUAAACUGGCGCAGAUCAUUGAGAGAAAAAUCGAAAAGGUAAAAGAAGAAGAAAAAAUUCAAAGACCAGAUCUUUACGUUUUGGCGACUGGAUACAGCGGUCAAUUGAGAAAUAAAAUCCCUAAUAUGAUGAAGGAAAGCGACUUCCAUCAGGUCGUCGAUCAACACAAAGCAAAUGCUACGGCGCAAGCGGCUAACGUUAAAGAAGAGACCAAACAAAGUGACACGGUUGCCUCUCCCGUUCAAACUUCAGACUCUGACAAAAAGGAAUCAAAGAGUGAUAGACGACGUGACGAAUCGGAGCGUGAAAAGGAUUCAAAACGCGAAUCGAGAUCGUCAUUGAAAGAAAGAAACAAAGAAGAAUUGAGAAGUAAAGACAAAUCGCCAAGAGAUAGAACUCAUAGAGAGGAACGCUACUUGGAAGCUAUUUCACCUCCCCAUGAACAUCGACAUCCGUCCGAUGAUCUAGAUCGUGAUGUAAAACGUCGUAAAGUAGAAAGCAGCGGUAAUGGCAAGGGCAAUAAAGAGCUUGACGAUCGUUCGCCGGAAAAAGAGAAACGAAAGACUAAGCUAAGAGGUGAUGAGCGCAAAGAACGUAAGAUAAGUAGAAAAAGGGAUAGAGUUGAAGAGACUCCAAUCUUAGAACAGAAGCGUCGCCGCGAUGACCAGAAGGCUGUGAUAAAAAUGGCAGGCCAUCAAAAUGGUUCACAAGAAGAUCAUCACUAUGAGAAAUAUCAUAAAAGGGAAAAGUCACCGUUUCGAGAUCGAUCUCACGAGGAGCUCAGGGACAAACAAUAUCCUUUUUAA